GUGGAAGCCUUUUAAAACACCGUAGUGUUAUUAUCUGAUGCUUAAUUCAUUUGGAAAUGUACCAAGAAUCGCGUAUGUUUUAGACAAAACAUCAUUUUGUUUAUAAAACGACCCUGAAAAAAAUUCCUAGAUGAAAUUAUUUUCAUAAAUACCGUGACGUUUAUCCAUCCCACAGCUGAAUUAUCAUCAAAACAUAUAUUGGAAGCCUCGGAGAAAGAACGGAAAACCAAAAUGAACACUGAAAUUAUAUUACUAGUAAUCGCUGUUCUUACAUCAUUGGAAGCAAGUGCAAAUGAACCGCAAUGUGCUUGCUCGAAGUUUCAUUAUGAGGAGCAAAUGUUAGAGAAAAUGGUGAGAAUGGAAUUUGCUGUGGAAAGUAUGAAGAACGAGAUGAACGACGCGAAGACUAGUGUAACGAAGACAGUGGAAGAAUUCAGUCGUCUUAAAGCAGAGCACGAAAAAACUUUAAAGAAGAACGAUAGCAUACGUCCCGCUUUCACAGCCAGAUUGUCUGCUCAUCUUACAAAGCUUGGACACAACCAGCCAAUCAUCUUUGACAACAUCGUGACCAACGUCGGACAAGCCUAUUCAGGAACCACAGGGGUGUUCACUGUGCCAAAGGAAGGCGUCUAUUAUUUUAUUGCAACUGUAAUGAGCUUUUCUGGACAGCAUGUGGAAACCGAAAUUGUUAAAAAUGGAGAAUCUAUGGUGAAAAUGUACUGCAAUGGCAAAUCUCACGAGCAGGGAACGAGUGGGGUUGUCUUAUACCUGAACGCCGCUGAUGAAGUUUGGGUUAGACAUCUGAAAACAAAUGGCGAACAUGUGUAUGGCUACAAUUGGUCUACAUUUUCCGGUUUUCAAAUUUGACAAUGUUAUUUAUUAUUCAGUUUUUGAAAGGAAUAGUCUCAAUGGUCGAGAUUUACACAAUAACUGUGAUUUCUUGUUUAAUGUGGAAACAAAUAGCUACAUAUUUAUAUAUCGGAGGAAAAAAUCGUACUUCAUGCGCGUUGUGCCUGACAUGUUUUCAAACACUCAUUUAAAGAAUCAUGUUAAAUUUUAGGUCAUCCUGUCGUGAACCAAAGUUCAAAUUUGUGAACUAGGGGAUAUGCGGGAUAUUCCAUCAUGGUAAAAUGUAAUUGGAGAAUAAUGAUGCAUGCGAGUUUGAUUACCUUUAUAAAAUUGAAGAGUAAAAUGUUCUUGUAAAUACAUGCACAAAAUAACAAUAAUACCAGCAGAAAAACUCCUGACAUGUGCAUGUUUUAAUUUAUUGCUUCUUUUAUGAUUUUUUUUUAUUUCCAAAGAAACAUAGCUUGAGGUGAAUUUAGUAGGACAAAAGUUGUUUGUAAAACCAU